CUUCCAAGAUUCCCCCUAAUUGUUUUGUGAUUGUUCCCAUUGCAUUUGCAUUAUUAUCAUCGCUUUACUUUAAUGGUGAUUACUUAGUCACUUUCUCCCCACGUACACAUGAUUAAUCUAAGCUUUUAACACAAACCAGAUCUGAGCAUUCUAAUAAAAACAUUAAUUUAAAGUAAAAAAACAAAAAAUAGUGGGUCUAUAUCAAUUUAUGCUAUUUAGAUAGAAAAAAACAUAGUGAUAAUUAGAGAGUUAUAAAGACACUAUCAUUCUCGUCUCUACAACAACCCAUCUGGACAUUAAUGUCACAUUUCUGAAAUCUCUCAACUUCAUCAUCAAGUGGGUUCCUAUGAGAGUGACGACUCUUUGAUUGCUUCGCCACAUCUUUUAUUUUUAUCCUUCUAAGUCAUUUCUCUAUCUAUCCAUAUAGAUAAAAACCUUCUAAUAGAUCUCUGUGUCAUUUUAUUCGUAAGAAUGAGAUCUAGUGUAGAAGAUAACAAAGGAUGGAUAGGACCAGCGACACCGGAGAUAUCGAACGGUUUUGAGUUUCAGAAAGGUUCGAACCGGACACCAAACCAUCACCGGUCUACUAUGGGGAAGCCAGCGCCGUCAAAAUGGGACGAUGCUCAGAAAUGGCUUUCUGGUGUAGGGUUUGCUCGUGGAGGUGGUGGAGGUGGUGACAAGAGUAGUCAUCACUCAAGAAGUAAUAAGCCGAGAAACUCGAACGCGGAUGAUCUUAGACUUAUAGCUUCAGCUUCACAGAGAGAACGUGAAGGAGAAGAUCAGUACGUUGAGUAUGAUGAUGAAGAGAUGGCGGCGGGAAGACCGGAGGUUGAGACGAAGAAUGUUGAUUGUGGUGAAUCUGUUUGGAGGAAAGAAAGUAGUAUUAAUCCAACGGCUGUGAUUAGAUCCGUUUGUGUGAGAGAUAUGGGGACUGAGAUGACUCCUAUUGGUAGUCAAGAGCCUUCUAGAACAGCUACACCGGUGCGAGCUACUACACCGGUUGGGAGGAGUCCUGUGACUUCACCGGUGAGGGCUUCACAACGUGGUGAGGCGGUGGGGGUUGUGAUGGAGACGGUGACGGAGGUUAGGAGGGUAGAGAGUAAUAAUAGUGAGAAGGUUAAUGGUUUUGUGGAGAGUAAGAAGGCUAUGAGUGCUAUGGAAGCUCGAGCCAUGGCUUGGGAUGAAGCAGAACGUGCUAAAUUCAUGGCUAGGUAUAAGAGAGAGGAAGUGAAGAUACAAGCUUGGGAGAAUCACGAGAAGAGAAAGGCUGAGAUGGAGAUGAAGAAAAUGGAGGUAAGAUGUUCUGUCUAAUUGUGGAAAGAGAGUUGUCAACACGUGUUCAAUCCGAAUUUCGGUUCAGUCUUUUUUUAGUUUUUUAAAAGACAAAGUAGUGUGGAUUGGUUUGAUAUGGAUUGGAUCUAUUAAUUGUUAAAGAGAAAAAUAACGUUAUGGAUUGAAAAGGUUUUAAAACAAUGUGUGAACGUGUGUUUAGGUGAAGGCGGAGAGGAUGAAAGCAAGGGCAGAGGAGAAGUUGGCCAACAAGCUAGCUGCGACGAAAAGGAUAGCGGAAGAGAGGAGGGCGAAUGCGGAGGCUAAGUUAAACGAAAAGGCGGUGAAGACAUCGGAGAAAGCUGAUUAUAUAAGGAGGAGUGGUCACUUGCCUUCUUCUUUUUCUUUCUCCUUUAAGCUUCCCUCUCGUUGUUGGUGUCAAUAAUUGUCUAUUUUCAUUAGAAUGUAAUCGUAUGGAUUUAGUGAUAUUCAAUAACUAACGCAAAAAAAAAAAAAAAAGUUUU